AUGAUCACCCAGAUACUCCUCCCCGUCACCGCGACCCUCGUGGCAUACCUCCUCUACCAUGCCCUGCAAAUCCUCUACAACAAUCUGACCUCGCCAUUGCGUAACAUCCUGUCCGGCCCACCAAACCCAAACCUGCUCAUUGGCAACUUCAAGGAGAUGGCGGAGGAUGCGCGUCUCUCGAGCCGAUGGCGGGAAGAGUAUGGGAAGAACUUCAUCUUUCAUGGACUGUUCAGUAUUUCCGAGCUGCAUACGUCUGACCUCAAGGCGCUCAACCACAUCAUGUCCCAUGCUGAAAUUUACCAGCGAGCCACCGCCAACCGGGACAAUUCUCGUCGUUUAAUGGGCGAAGUGUCCCGCAAAUACGAGCCGCAACGGAGAUUUUUGUGGACAAAGCAAUUCAGUUGCGCGAUAUCUGGGCGGCCGAGAUUGCGCAGCAAGAUGGAAAGGGAAAGGGGGGGUGUGGUCGAGGUGUUUUCGGGUCUUCGCAAGAUGACACUGGACGUUAUUGGUCGCGCAGGAUUUGGCUAUGAAUUCAACGCGCUAGAGCCCGGGGGACAGUACAACGAGCUUAACCAGGUCUUCACGGACCUGUUCCACUCACCCAAGUCGAAUUUGUAUGGGCUUAUACGGCUGGCACAGGGACAUAUUCCGAUUUUGAAGCUCCUCCCACUUCCCGGAAUACAAGUGACGCAUUCCGCCCGCACGCGCAUGGACACGAUCGGGAGGCAAAUAAUCAAGGAGAGCAAGGCGCGCCUCCUCACGGACCAGCAAAACCAGGAGGACAAGAUCAAGGCGUUGGGGGGGCGGCGCGAUUUGCUUUCGAUCCUGCUCAAGUCGAAUAUGUCGCCGGGGCUUCCGGAAAGCCAGCGGUUGAGCGAGGCGGAAAUAAUUUCGCAAAUUCCUGCAUUUUUUGUAGCUGGACACGAAACUACGAGUGCUGCGACAGCAUGGGCUUUACAUGUUUUAUCUAUGGACAAGCCGGUGCAAGACAGGCUCCGCGACGAGGUUGCUGCGGUUGGCACCGACAACCCUACUUUCGAGGAAGUCAACGGGCUUCCGUUCCUGGAGAAAGUGCUCCGCGAGACUCUGCGGCUCUAUGCGCCAGUCAUGUUCAUGCAGCGCAAGGCUAUGGCCGACGAUGUGCUGCCGUUGGCGAAACCGGUGGUGGAUAGCAACGGGCGAGAACACUGGAAUUUACCCAUUCGGAAGGGCCAGAUGAUCCAUAUUCCGAUGUGGGCGGUGAAUACGGCGACGGACACUUGGGGCGAAGAUGCGCUUGAGUUCAAACCUGACCGCUGGGAUAAUAUCCCUGAAGCAGCGAGUGCCGUCCCCGGCGUCUGGGGAAACCUCUUCACCUUCUUCGCGGGCCCACACAACUGCAUCGGCUUCCGCUUCUCCAUUGCUGAGUUGAAGAUUAUCCUCUUCACGUUGAUUCGCGCUUUUGAAGUUAGCCCUGCAUUGCCUGAGGGCGGGAUAGGGCCGGUGACUGCAGGAGUUAUGCAGCGACCUGCUGUUUUGGCGGAGCAACACAAGGGCUCGGGGCUACCGCUUGUUUUAAGGCCAAUACAGACCAUCCUUUGA